CCACCUCGCCUCUGGGGUAUGACAGCCCCGUGGGAGCAUGGUCUGGCCCCUGCCGCCAGGCCGGGCCUCCCUCCAGAAACGUCACGAGAAUGCAGAUGGUAAAUAUAUUUCCCCAUUUCACGACAUUCCACUGUUUGCUGGAUCUAAAGAGGAUAAAGAGAUUCCUGCAAAGAGGUCAAAGACUACUGGAAGUGAGGUCCUGUUUAAUAUGAUUGUAGAAGUGCCUCGUUGGACGAAUGCAAAAAUGGAGAUUGCCACUGAGGAGCCGUUGAAUCCCAUUAAACAAGAUAUAAAGAAAGGGAAGCUUCGAUAUGUGGCAAACAUCUUUCCUCACAAGGGUUAUAUAUGGAAUUAUGGGGCCCUCCCACAGACCUGGGAAGAUCCAAACCAUACAGAUAAUAUUACAGGUUGCUGUGGGGAUAAUGAUCCUAUUGAUGUUUGUGAAAUAGGUUCAAAGAUUCGUUCUUCUGGCGAAAUUGUUCAGGUGAAAGUCUUAGGUAUUUUGGCUCUUGUUGAUGAAGGAGAGACAGAUUGGAAGAUAAUUGCGAUCAGUGUGGAUGACCCAGAAGCUCAGAAAAUCCAUGAUAUUGAUGAUGUCAAGAAGCACAAACCAGGUUACCUUGAGGCUACAGUUGACUGGUUCCGAUUAUAUAAAGUCCCUGAUGGUAAACCAGAAAAUCAGUUUGCUUUUAAUGGAGAAUUUAAAGACAAGGAUUUUGCUGUUGAAAUUAUUAAAUCCACCCAUGAAUGCUGGAAAGCUUUGCUUCAUAAAAAAGCUGAUGGGGGUGCUAUUAAAUGCACAAAUGUCCUGGUGAGUGGCAGCCCAUUUUGUUGCAGCGAGGAGGACGCCCGAUCGAUUGUGCAGUCGAACUUCCGCUCCACUGAGUUAGUUUCUAGACGGUGGGCAUGUGUACUGUCAUCUGUAUUGGUGGCAAACUAGGAAUGAUUCUACAGACAGUGAAGUUGCCAUGUCCAGUCAAUCCUGAAGAGAUGAAAGAUAAUCUGUGCAUAUGGGAACACAUACUGAACAUUUGAACCAGCCAAAAUUACACCAGCCCCCUGCAACUACAAACACAGUUGAGUUUUAACACUAGGUGGUGAAAAUUUCUAGUGUUCUUUAGCCUCUGAAAAUUGUUUUAUCUCUUUCUCAGCUCCAAUGUUAGUAUAUGUUGAAAUCUAAACCCAGGAGGAAUAGAGCUUUCUAGCUGAAUGUGUUAGUGCUAAGAUGUAGUUUAUUUCAAGCUUUUAAGUGUUGCCAUCUGUAAAACUGACCAGGACAGCCAAACCUUUGUUUAACAUGAAUCCUGAGAACUGCUUGCUCACUUGCUCUGUGAAGAAGCUGCUGAGGACUUUGCAAGUUGGAAAAUCUCCAAGACUAUAUAUAGUUAGUAGAGCAGUGUUUCUCAGACUUACCACAUAAUUCUUCCCUUACUAUACUGGAAAGCAAACUAGGAAAGCUUUGCUAGAUGAAGUCUCUUUUUGAUAAAAUGCAGAACAAUGUCUUACAGGGAAAAGUAUUUGGCUUUUCCUGAUAAUUUAAAAAAUCUCCAACAAAAUUUGAAUCUGUAUACUUACUAAUGUGUUUCAAAUAAUUCAGAUCUAAGCAGUGAAGUCUGUUAACUGCAUUUUACCCCACGUGUUUUAUGUGAGGACAUUUCCAUUGGGGACUUAGUAGAAGCAGAAUUUUCUGUUCAGUGGCCAGUUGUGAAGCAAAACACUGGUUGGGUUUUUACUCUGCGUUUUUUUUGAGGGGGUUGGUUUGUUUGUUUUGGGGUUUUUAGUUUUUGGGUUUUAAAUUAUUUUAGGUAUUUGGUUGGGUUUCUUAAACAGCGCUCCAAAUGAAAGGGUUGUUUACUGAAGAGAUUCCUGGUUUGGUGGGAUGAGUUUUUGAUCUGUUCCUGGUGGGAAGGUGCUGAGUCCUUAUCUCAAACUUUCUGAGCAAUUAUCCCAGAAGUGGCAGGCACCUGCUUAUACAUAGUGACCACCGAUUCUCCCUGCCUUAUGAGAUAAAGCUUUGGUUUUAGAGAGAGGAGAUGGUCUGGUGUGAAGGCUUGGAAGAUGUUUUCUGUAGAGCACAAUAGCUCUUGAUCCCCGUGUGUAAGAAAUCAGGAAAGGACAGCAAGAGACCAGCAUGGGUGAGUCAAGACCUGCUGAUCAAAAUAAAGAGCAAGAAGGAAAUGCACAGAAAGUGGAAGCAGGGACAGGUGUCCUGGGAAGAGUAUAGGAAUGUUGCCUGGUUGUAUAGGGAUGGGGUCAGGAAGGCCAAGGUGUGUCUGAAGCUGAACUUGGCAAGAAGUGCAAAGAAUAAUCAGACGAGCUUCUAUAGCUAUGUCAGCCGAAAAAGGAAGGUCAAAGAAAGCACACACCCCCAAUGAACACGGCUGGCAAACUGGUAACAACAGAUGAGGAGAAGGCUGAGGCAGUCAACAACUUGUUCAACUCAGUUGUCAGUGGCAACCUUUCUUUCCACACUUCUCAAAUGGAUGGACCUCAAGGCAGGGACUGAGGGAGCAAAGUCCCUCCCACUGUAAGAGAAGAUCAGGUUCGUGAUCACCUGAGGAACCUGAACAUACCUAAUUCUAUGGGACCUGCCGAGAUGCAUCCCAGAGUCCUGAGGGAAUUGGCUGAUGUAAUUGCGAAGCCACUCUCCAUGAUAUUUGAAAA